AUGUUAUUCUUCGAGACUAAUGUUUGCAGCGACCUUUGGAUCUACUAUACCGGAAUUAAUAAGGUUAGAUAUAUCGGAACGGUAUUGGGUCUUAUAUUCAAACGAACUAUUAUACGUGCCACUUGCGGGAAAGCCACACGAGCGCCAUGCGCCAUCUACUGGACUCUGUCGAAACUACCAGUGGCAACCGUCAAGAGGAACAACAAUAGACAAUGGUUUCAGAGGAUGAAAAAUACAAUACUGAAACUAAAAAUAAGCAGGUCUAACUUGAGAACCGCGCGUAAUUUGAGCUCGUGCCUAUAUGACACCUUGGCGUUUCGCAGAAGGAUGUUGUAUAUUGCUGCUCUCGACGUCGGCACCACAACUGUUCGGUGUCACAUUCUCGAUGAGCAAGCGACGACCAUAGCUACGUCCACGGAAAAGGUACACAUCUAUUUAUUUUGUUGUUAUGUUAUCCAAAUACGUCUUAAUCCUGUUCGUAUAAAUCCGGACAAUUCUAGGAAAAGAAUGUCCAAAUAUAUUAUGCCUGCGAGAUGUUUCAAUUACUGA